CUUCUUGUGUGACGUAUAAUCUAGUGGACGGAACAGGAGGCUUCUUCAACAGAGACAAAAGGCUUCCGUUUCAACCAAUGCGGUGGUUUGCUAGCGAACAUAGAUACGGAGCAUUUAAGCUCGUCAGACUAAUCUUGUGUAUAUUAAUCUUAGUGUUUAGAACACAAUUCUGUUUACGCAUCUACUUGUUAAUUUAAACGUAGUUUGCUUCUUAAAUUAGCUAAUGUGUUAACUUGAUACUGCACAAGGCUAAUCGCCCGGAGCAUGAGGUCACGAUACUAGACGGAGAAAGAUCUGGUGAAAGGAGAGGAAGAAGCUUUCAGAAUGGAAGAGGAGGCUAUCACAUUGAAACAAGAGGAUGAUAUUACAGGGAAAGAGGAAGAUGGGAAAGAGGUUGUCAGAGUGGAAAAUGAGGAGGUAGAAGCUUUCAGAAUCAAAAAGGAUGAAGAUCUCGUAACAUUGAAGAAGGAGAAUAUAGUAAAAGAAGAGGAAGAACCUUUCAGAAUCAAAAAUGAUGAAGAUGCCGUAACAUUGAAGGAGGAGAAUGUAGUGAAAGAAGAGGAAGAACCUUUUGGAGUAAAAGAGGAAGAGGAGGAUAUCUCAAUAAAAGAGGAGGAAGAUGUUUUAGGAGUGAAAAAGGAGGAGUCAGAAUAUCCGAUUACCAUCCGAGAGAGACAUGACAAUCCUGGAUCCUCUGGGGAGCCUCAACAACAUCCUGAUGCUGACGAGGCAGAGAAGAGUCUCUCCAGAUCAGAACACCAGAUGGACAACGCGAGCCCUUCCUCCCUCCCGGAGUCCCUGUAUCGUGCCUCUCCCGGUAGCACCUUAUUGCUGGGGAUGAAGAGGUUGUCUGUGCUGCUGGUGGACUGCAGGAAAACAACGGGGCUGAGUGGAACUGUGAGAGGAGGAGAAGAGAAGAAAGGAUCAGAUUUGACACAUCAAAGAGAAAGGCCAGACUCGGAGGAUCCAGAGCCAGGGACGUCCAAACUAGCAAGACGACACCACUGCUCCCACUGUGGAAAGAGUUUUCACCAGAAAGCACACCUGAAAGCUCAUGAGAGAAUACACACAGGAGAGAAGCCUUACCACUGUUCCCAGUGUGGAAAUAGUUUUCACCAGAAAGCACACCUGAAAGCUCAUGAGAGAAUACACACAGGAGAGAAGCCUUACCACUGCUCCCAAUGUGGAAAGUGUUUCAACGAGAGAGGAAACCUGAAACGACACAAGAUAAUACACACAGGGGAGAAACCUUACCACUGCUCCCAAUGUGGAAAGUGUUUCAACCAGUCGGUGGAGCUGAAACAACACGAGAGAAUACACACAGGGGAGAAGCCCUACCACUGCUCCCAAUGUGGAAAGUGUUUCAACAAGAGAGUAAACCUGAAACGACAUGAGAGAACACACACAGGAGAGAAGCCUUACCACUGCUCCCAAUGUGGAAAGUGUUUCAACCAGUCGGGGGAGCUGAAACUACACGAGAUAAUACACACAGGAGAGAAGCCUUACCACUGCUCCCAAUGUGGAAAGUGUUUCAACCAGAGAGGAAACCUGAAACAACAUGAGAGAAUACACACAGGAGAGAAGCCUUACCACUGCUCCCAAUGUGGAAAGUGUUUCAACCAGUCGGGGAAGCUGAAACUACACGAGAGAAUACACACAGGAGAGAAGCCUUACCACUGCUCCCAAUGUGGAAAGUGUUUCAACCAGUCGGGGAAGCUGAAACUACACGAGAGAAUACACACAGGGAGAAGCCCUACCACUGCUCCCAAUGUGGAAAGUGUUUCAACAAGAGAGUAAACCUGAAGCGGCAUGAGAGAAUACACACUGGGCAGAAGCCUUACUACUCCUCCCAGGGUGCAAACCAUUUGCCCAUUUAGGAAGCCUGAAAGAACACAUUAGACUGCACACAGAGGAGAAGGCUUAGAAAAGCUCAGCCUGUGGGAAAACAUAUUACUCAUAAGUCACUUAAACAUCAUUAGAGAAUCCACACAGGAGAGAGAAAUUACUUCUCUUAGCGUGUAUGUUGAUAUUUCACAUCACAUUGACUUAAAAUUCAUCAGAGAACAUACACAGUGCUCCCGUUGUCUUAUAUUGUUGACUGACAAUGUGUUUACCUGUCUUUACCAUAUGAAAUUAAAUGGUACAGGGUAUACUCAAACAUAUAUUUGUUUGUUUUUAUUAGAAAACAUGAAGUGAAUUUGGAGUCUGUCAGUUUGAAUAUAAAGAAGAUCAGAUUCCUUGUUUUAAACUGUCCUUUUUUUAAACUCUUUGUGUGUGUUUAUCUGGGUGUGUCAUUCCUCCAGCACUACAGAUAAUCAAGUGAUAUUUGGAUGUAAUGCAUUAGUUCCAUUGUUGACAUUUGCAUUGUUGGCCCACUGAUGAUUUAAUGAAAUGAAAAUGUUCAGACUCUGUAAUGGAAAAUGUUAAUUGUUUGUGUGUCCACAAAACUGAGUAUGUGACUAACCUUGUGAAACUGUCCUAUUUUAAGCUCCUGUUUUUGGGACUAUCAUCUUGUGUUGCAAACCAAUUUGCACCUGUGUCCUUGUAUGAAUAAAGUCCCGCCCAGGAACAGGAAACUAUAAAUAUAUUUGCUAAUCACUCAAUACUUCAGGAAUUCAGACUGUCUACACUGCGCUGUGUAACUCUGUUAUUCUCUCUGAGCUCAGAAAUAAAGAAUCUUGGUUUGA